CAUUGUCCGUAUUUCUUAUUCUAAAUUUUAUGUGUAGAUUUGUGGAAUACAAACCAACAUCUUUAGAAAGAAACUACAAGCAUGAUCUUUUGACAGAACAUGAUAUGGGUGUUGUUAUUGACCUAAUAAACCCAAAUACAUAUGCUGUGGAUUUGAAUGCAUCCUUAGACCUUGAGGAUGAAAAGCUUCUUGAAGAAGACAACCUUGGACCCCAAGAUUCCAAAAGAUCACGACAUCACAACAAAGCUGUACCUUGGCUGAAGAAAACUGAGUACAUUUCUACAGAGUUCAACAGAUAUGGAAUUUCUAAUGACAAAACUGAAACAAAGGUUGGAUACAAUGUCAAGAAAUUGUUCAAAGAAGAAAACCUUUAUAUGGACAGAGAAAGUCAAAUUAAUGCUAUUAAUAAAACUUUUGAAGAUGCCCAAAAACCGAUUGAAAAACAUUACAGUAAACCAGGAGUCUAUCCACUGGAAGUGUUGCCUCUGUUUCCUGACUUUGAGUUAUGGAAAUUCCCAUUUGCCCAAGUGACAUUUGACUCGGACCCUGUUCCAAUCAGCCAACUAGAAGAAAUGUCACAGGCAAUGAUCAGAGGAGUAAUGGACGAGAGUGGGGAACAGUUUGUAGCUUAUUUUCUUCCAACGGAAGAUACAACAAGGAAAAGGAAAAGAGAUGAAGAAGAUGCUGUCGAUUAUGUGGAUGAUGAUGAGUAUGACUACAGAAUGGCUAGAGAAUAUAACUGGAAUGUGAAAAAUAAAGCUUCAAGAGGCUAUGAAGAGAAUUAUUUUUUUGUAUUUCGUGAUGGUGAAGCUUACUAUAAUGAGUUAGAAACAAGGGUUCGUCUAAGUAAAAGAAGACUCAAGCCUGGUACUCAGCCUAGCAAGUCAAGGUUGGUUGUACGACACCGUCCACUCAAUGAAACAGAGAUGAAGACUCAGGAGAUAAGAAUGACACAGUUAGAACCUCCCCAAGAAGAAGAGGAGGUUGAAGAGGAAGUUCAGGAGCAGGAGGAGGAGGAAGGUGAAGAGAAAGAUCAGAGUGAACAUGAAGAGCAGGAGGAAGAUGAAGUUGAGAAAAUUGAGGAGGAGCAGAAACAUGAGAGUGAAGAUGAGGAAGAAGAAGAAGAGAAACAAAAGGAGAAUGAGGAAAGUGAGGAAGAGAAUGAUGCCAAAGCUAAGCCCAGUAGUAGUAGCAGUUCAAGCAGCAGCAGUAGCAGUAGUAGUAGUAGCAGUGAAAGUGACAAGUCUUCUAGUGAAAGUGAAGUUGAAGAGGAAGAGGAAGCCAAAAAACGUCGUGAUGAAGAAGAGAUCUUUGGAAGUGCUAGCGAUAGUGACUGAAUUUCUCAGGAUGGGAACUUUAAAGGUUUCAGAACAUAAAAUGUAAUGUUUUUACAAGCAGUAACAUAUAUAAUGUUGAGAAGCUAUUUUAGCGCAACAGAUCGACUUUUCUAAUGAUGAAAACAAAUUAGCAUGAUAUGCAAUUCGUUUUGAAAAUAAAUAACACCAAAGGAUUAGCACUUCAUAUAGUUUUAAAAUAUUGAUUUUAAACAAUUUGAUUGUUUCAUUUUCAAAAUAAGACAUAGGCAUAUCAGAUGCAAGAAGAAACUGUUUUAUUUAUAAUGUUAAAAUAUUGCCUUUCUAAUUAAAAAUUAUGUGCCGGGCAUGUUAAAGUAAGUUUUUUACAGAGAUAUGUCAGCUUAUUCUCAGUACUGAAAGUUUCACUUCAGCAGAUAUGAAUGUGACCAUGGAAUAAACUGGAGUUUUUAGUCUACUCAUGAAUAAAUAUAACAGCCUUUUAUUGUGA